AUGUUCGGCCGCGCCAAGCGGCCUGCCGAUAUUGAAAGCGGGUUGAAAGAUCUCUCAAGUCCAGAGGUUCUCGAUUUCGACGACGAUUCCUGGGUCAUCGACCACCAUCGCAACAACUUAAUUGAGAAGAUCUCCAAGCCGGGAAACACUUGGUACGACGCUCUUCUUGGGGAUUGGAGACGCAAAAAAUCGGGGCGAAUUCGAUCUUCCAGCAACAAUGAGCCGCAAGGAGAGAUUGAACACAGCUACAUAAUUAACCUGGCGGAGCUGCAGCGGCUACGACUGCGUCAACUUCAACGAAGACUCGUCCAGCACGUCGUCGACUUACGAUACAAUGCUGAGGAGCCAGCCGGAUGGGCAGAUGACCUCAGAGACUAUGUGCAAGCGCUGCGCGACCAUGACUACAUGUGCCAGCACAUCUGGCAGCCCAACGACCCCUUCUACGUGACGGGCGAGCGCUACGUCGAGCGCAUGAUGCUGCAGAGCGCCAUGCGGGGCAUGGAACACGACGUGGACCCUCUCCGCUGGGCGAAAUCCCGGCGCGCGUGGACGACGGCGAGCGAUAAGCCCGUGCCCAUCGGCGGCACACGCGACGGGAACUACUGGGAGGCGUGGUUCGCCGGCUUCCGGCGGCGCCUCGGCGUGGCCGCCGUCGGCGCCGCGUUCCUUAUCGCGCCCAUGUGGCUGAUGGUGUUGCGCAGGACGCUGUACACCGCCCUGGUGUCCACGACGGUGUUCGUGGCGGUUUUUGGCCUCCUUAUGGCGUUGUGGCUGGAGAAAUUGACCGAAGUGAUGUCGGCUACUGCGGCCUAUGCGGCUGUGCUGGUUGUGUUUGUGGGCUUGACGACGGAUUCAGGUUGA